AUGAAUCGUGCUCAAAUGUUAUUAGUACAAGACCCUAAUUACUCAAAGGGCUUCAAAUUUGGACAUGUGUGGAGCAUUCUUCAAGGUAUUGAGAAAUUCAAUAGUGACAACGUCAAAGCUGCAUCUACGAGAGUGCAACGACAAACUGCUCAAGAUGAUUAUUCUCAAUCAUAUAAUCUUGAGAAAGAUGUUUAUUCACCUUCAUCUCCACAUGUCUCUUCGUUUAAUCUUAACAUCACUGAUUCAGACAGUGGUGGUACUUCAACUAAACGACCUAUUGGGGUGAAGAAAACAAAACUGAAGAGAAAGAAUGAACAACAAUUCAGUAAAAUGGUUUCACAGAAUGACGAACUUGUUGCGGCGUUGGAUCGAAGUACCAAUGUUGCUAUGUUCAAGGAAGAGAAUAAAAUUUUAUUCAAAGAUUUGAAUACCAUUGCUGAUCCGAUAAUACGUGAAUUUAUUCGCGGUGAACAAGUCAGAAUUAUGCAAAAGAGGACUGAAAAUCAAAAAUCUCAAUCAACUUCACAUCAAGGAGAAGGAUCUAGGAUCAAUUCGUCUCAAGAAGAAGAACAAGGAUCUCAAGAUCCUUUGAAUGAUUCCGGUAAAUUUUAUGAUUACUUCGGUGGUUUAUUAGGAGCCAUCGGAUCUGAAUCUACUGAUCCAUUCAAUCUAACGCUUCAGAUCAAGUCUCAUCUCAAGUGGUCAGAUCGUGACUCUUCGCGAUCCAACACUCCAGAUCGCAUCACCGGCGAUCCAUCACACCUCUUUGAUCAAUGGUAG